CAUACUUCAGAAAGCUUAGUAAAUCUGGUUUUUCGCCUUCAGGCUGCUGCAUCACUUUAUCUCCUUAUGCGACAAAGUUUUGAAUCUGGCGCUAAUCUUUCAAAAGUAAAAAUGCAGAUUACCAUGUCACUGAGUACGCUGGUAUCUACAGGAACAAAGUGUGGUGAUUGGAUAAAUGAGGACUGUUUACGAAGAAGUUUAAAAACUGUUCUCAUAUAUGCUGAAACAGAUGCAUCUGUGGAUGCGCAGCUUCGAUCAACUACCUUCUGUGAACAGGUGAAAGAUUUAGUUUUCAAUUUGCACAUGAUUCUUUCUGAUACUGUUAAAAUGAAAGAAUACAAUAAUGAUUUCGAAAUGCUGAUUGAUUUGAUGUAUAGAGUGGCAAAGGGUUAUCAAAAUAAUCCCGAUUUAAGAUUGACUUGGUUGAUAAACAUGGCAAAUAAGCAUGCAGCUAGAGAAAAUGCAGCGGAGGCAGCUGAAUGUAUGUUACAUGCAGCAGCUAUUGCUGCUGAAUAUAUAUCUAUGCGAGAAUAUGAAUCUCAUAUUCCUAAGGGAGCAGCUUCUUUUAUAGAAAUCAGUGAUAAUAUUCUUGAAGAAAGUGCAGUUUCUGACGAUGUGAUAAGUCCGGAUGAGGAAGGUAUUUGUGAAAGUCGACAUUUUACUCUGAGUGGUUUGGUGCAUCUUGUCGAAAAGACUGCAUUAUUUAUGGAAAAAGCUCAGAUGUAUGAAAUGAUGCAUCAGAUUUAUAAGAUAAUUACACCCAUUUUGGAAGAAAAUAGGGAUUACAGACGUUUAGCCCAAAUUCAUACUCGAUUAAGUGAUGCUCUCUCUCGUAUUGAACCAACUGUGCCGCUUAUUGAAGAGAUUACUGAUGCUUGGUAUUCACCAUUACCGAGUGCCGAUAAAAGAUGUUUUGGAACAUAUUUUCGUGUGGGUUUUUACGGGACUCGUUUUGCUGAUAUGGAUGGUAUCGAAUUUAUUUAUAAGGAACCAGCCAUAACGAAAUUAUCAGAAAUAAGUUAUCGUCUCGAUGCUUUUUACACGGAUCGCUUCGGUAAAGGCAAUAUUGAAAUAAUCAAGGACUCAAAUACUGUUGAUCGAAGUCGAUUGGAUAUGACAAAAGCCUAUCUGCAAAUUACCUAUGUGGAACCAUAUCUUGAAAAAUGGGAGCGGCGUCGGAGAUCUACGCAUUUCGAGCGCAAUCAUAAAUUGAAUCGUUUCGUUUACGCGACUCCAUUUACAAAAGAUGGUCGUCCACAUGGUGAUCUUAAAGACCAGUACAAACGACGUACUGUUCUGAUUACGCAGCAUAGUUUUCCAUAUGUGAAAACGAGACUUCGAAUAAUUGAUCGCGAGCAAAUUGUGCUUACCCCUAUUGAAGUUGCUAUAGAAGAUGUUCAAAAGAAAACAAGGGAACUAGCUGCGGCGACAGCACAAGAUCCUCCAGAUGCAAAAAUGUUACAAAUGGUUUUACAAGGAUGUAUCGGCACAACUGUAAAUCAGGGUCCUAUUCAGGUUGCAAAUGUUUUUUUAACCGACAUUACAUUGGAUGAACGAGGAAAACCGAUGGAUAAACUUCAGAAUAAAUUAAGACUCUGCUUCAAAGAUUUUUCAAAGAAGUGUGCCGACGCUUUGCAAAAAAAUAAACAACUAAUUCAAGCAGAUCAACUUGCAUAUCAGAAAAAUUAUAUUGAGUUUACCAAACGAAUGGCACCAAUUGUUGGAGGAAUCGGUUCACGAAAAGGCAAAUCUUUCGAUGUAUCUCCAUUAAAGACUGUAUUUUCUGCCGAUUUAGGUCCUGUUACUUCCGGUUCACCGACACGACCUGCUUUUUGCAAGCACAUGAAAGAUUUAGAAUGGAAAAAGAGCGUCCGACACCCUCCGCUUGUAGAAACGGAACCCGCCCGAAAAACGACCGGUGACGAAGUAAGCUCCAACAUCGCCCUAUGCUUAAUGCAGAAUUUCUAUCCGAAGUACGACGAGUGGUGUAUUGCAGCUCCUUGGACCUUUGCCAUUGCCAACAAUUGUCGGCGAAUUCGUCCGAUUUGUGGUUUACUUGGAUCCAUAGCUCGGAAAUUGCGUAAAGCACUGUGGCUCUUAGGGCGCUUUAAUCACGUCCGCGGAAGAAGGGUUAAUUAUGGUGUCUUUAUGACUCGGAUAGGGCUCAUUGCUUCGCUAAGUCGAAAAUCGAUUUUCAUGGCAGACGCAGAAUUAAGUGUAGAUGAUGAGAGCUUGUUUGAGGCGGAAUUGCUUCGGACGAUUCAAACGGUGGAGCGGAUGAAGCGAUUGCCAGAUUUUUUAUUAGUUCGUCCACUUCAUAUCACUGAUUAUCAGCGCGGUUACUGUCGCCUUCUCUCGCAGUUAACUGAAAUUGGAGAUCUAAGCGAGAGCAAAUUUAAGGAAAGAUUUUUAUCGAUGCGAAAUAUGAUUCCUAAAAGUUAUUAUAUAAUUGUAAUUGAAGAUACAAGGCAUGUUGUAAACAAAAUGAUUGUAGCUUCGGCUACUCUUUCGGUUGAAUUGAAGUUCAUCCAUAGUGCGACAUGUCGUGGCCGCAUCGAAGAUGUUAUUGUCGAUGAAAAAAUGCGUGGCCAAAAUCUUGGCAAAGUUCUUUUGCUAUAUUUAGUGACACUGGCUCGUUUUGUUGGUGUUUAUAAGCUUUCACUUGAAUGUACUGAGAAGUUAAUACCGUUUUAUGGGCAAUUCGGCUUUUCGAAAGAUAAGAAUUUUUACCUUCAACAACGUUUCUAUUAA